AUGAGUAUACACAUCAAUGCCCCCGAAAACGCAGUAGCCGACACCGUGCUGUUGCCAGGAGAUCCAAAGAGGGCAGAAUUUAUUGCAAACAAAUAUUUAGAAGACGCGAAGUGCUACAACGAAGUACGUUGUGCAUAUGGCUUUACAGGAACCUACAAAGGCAAGCGAGUAUCUGUGCAGGCGAGCGGCAUGGGGCAGCCUUCUGCUGCCAUUUAUAUACACGAACUUAUACAUUCGUACAAGGUAAAAAAUAUUAUCCGUGUUGGUUCGUGUGGUUCUUUACGGGAAGACCUAAAAAUACGACAGUUGCUUGUAGCAAUUUCAGCAUCAACAAAUUCAGCAAUGAAUGCAGAGCGCUUUAGGGGCAUGCAGUAUGCAGCAACCGCUGAUGCAACAUUGCUAUUUGCAUGUUACGAGCAGUGCAAGAAGAAAAACCUCGAUGCUCGUUUUGGCUCGGUGCUUUCCUCUGACACCUUCUAUGACGACGACCCUCACGCAUGGAAAAUAUGGGCAGCACAUGGUGUACAGGGUGUAGAGAUGGAGACGGCACAGCUUUAUACGCUAGCCGCUAAGUUUUCUGUUCGUGCGCUUAGUAUAUUAACGGUAAGCGACACCUGGUAA